AUGUCAUUUUCGAACGACAGGCAGUGCUUUCUGGUUCUACUUAGCUUGCUUAGCUACGGGGCUCAGGGCGUUCCGAUAACUCUCGAGGACCAGCCCGACAAUAUACCGUCAGACCUCGUUGUUCUGUUGGGAAUGGCGAUCGGGUUUUUUGGUGUAUUCGUCAUAUCACUAAUCGUCUAUUGUCUACAGAGGUUGCUGCGAAGAGGCAUACGACUGACACACGAGUUCCCAGGGUCCUUGGACGACGCUGCUCAGGAGGCGGAGGAAGAUAGACGCGCGCUAGACGAGCUUCCUCCUAACGAACAGGAACUAUAUUUCCAGGCCAAGGAUUUCCUGAAACUGAAUCCAGUGAACAACCAGGAGCUGACACUAUCGCAAAACUUAAUUAUACAGGAGAAAGGAGUGUCAGCAUGGGAGUUUCGACCUCAUAUUGAAUGCCAAGAAUUCAUUCGCGUGGUGGACAAGACCGAGAUCGAAUUCUUGAAUACAGGGCAAGAGCUGUCCAUUCAGACGAACUUUCCCAUACCAAAAGAAAACGAAGUGUACUAUUUUGAGACCAAGAUUUAUGAACUACCUAGUCCAGAAGAUACAUUAAUAUCGAUUGGAGUCGCCACUUCUCCAUACCCAUACUUCCGCCUUCCAGGUCGCAACCGAAUUUCGGCGUCAUACGAUUCAACAGGCCACAGACGCUAUAAUGACCCUUUCCCGCUGAAAGACACCGUCUUCCCUACUCUCGAACACGGAGAUGUAAUUGGAUGUGGCAUCAAAAUAGCGUCGCGGACUGUUUUCUGGACGCGAAACGGCAAGAAAUUGUCGGAGUCGAAGAUAGGAGGCCAUAUCAAGCUCCCGAAAAAUCUACAACUAUAUCCUACAGCUGGCUCGAACAACAAGUGCGCGCUUCAUGUGAACGUUGGACAGGCAGGAUAUGUUUUCAUAGAGGCAAACGUCAAAAAAUGGGGAUUCGGCCCGCUCGAAGGCAACGAGAUUCCUCCGCCGCUAUACACAAAAUUCAAUAAGGACGUUUUAUUGGAAAGCAGUGACUUUGACCUCAACGAUCUCAGUUUGCGAAACGGCGAUUUUCCACCAGAUUUCUGGGACGCUGUGGACGGCUCUUCUGAGUUCAACGACGUUGAAGAGAACAUUACACUACACACUAUGGGAGAAGACGAACGUUCGGAAUAUGCGCUAUCGGAGCAGGAGGAGGCCCCUAAUAGUCCUCCUCUAUACGAUGAAGUGUCUCGGUAA